AUGUCGUCCUUAUCCACUUCAUUUGAUUCAUCGUCAGAUUUACCAAGGUCAAAAUCCGUUGACAAUACGGCGGCUUCCAUGAAGACAGGCAAGUACCCAAAAUUAGAGAACUAUAGGCAGUAUUCUGAUGCACAACCAAUACGUCACGAAGCGCUUGCAUUGAAAGUGGACGAAACGAAAGAUUCUAGACACAAAUUUAGUUCCUCUAACGGGGAGAAUAGUGGAGUGGAAAAUGGAGGCUAUGUGGAGAAAACGAAUAUAUCCACAAGUGGCCGCAUGGAUUUUGAAGGUGAAGCAGAAGCAGAAGCAGUGAAACGUUACCAGUUAAGAUCUUUCGCGCUUUUAAGUUCUAAUGCGAGGCCAUCCAGGCUAGCAAAGUCUGAAACUCACCAAAAGCAGAUUCAUGUAGAGAGCAUCGCUCCCUCUUUGCCAAAGAAUGCGGCUUUAGAGAGAGGCCAUGAUACGGCGUUACCUGCCGGUACGUCAAGUAACAGAUGCAACUUAGAAGCCUCCUCCUCGGCAAGAACUUUUACAAGCGCUCGUAAGGCUUCGCUAGUUAGCGCAAUCUUUGAAACAUCGGCUGAAUCAGAGCAUGGUACGCAUCCCAAACAGGCGAAACUUAAGAGAAGAACCUAUUCUACAAUAUCGACACAUUCAUCAGUCAAUCCUACAACGUUGUUGACAAGAACUGCAUCGCAAAAGUCCGAUAUGGGAAAUGACACACGAAGAAUUAAACCGUUACGUAUGGAUAGCAGGGUAUCUUUCCAUAGUGAGAUAUCGCAAGCAUCCAGGGAUUCUCAAGAAACAGAAGAAGACGUUUGUUUUCCAAUGUUUCGACUAUUACAUACAAGAGUUAAUGGUGUUGAUUUUGAUGAGUUGGAAGAAUAUGCCCAGAUUUCAAAUGCUGAAAGAAAUCUGUCUUUGGCGAACCAUCAAAGGCACAGUGAACGAACAUACAAUCAUACCGACCAAGAUACUGGAUUUACUAACUCUGCUUCCACUUCAGGAUCCUCAGCAGCUCUGAAAUAUACACCUGAAAUUUCACGGACUCUUGAAAAAAAUUGCAGCGUUAAUGAGAUGUACGUAUCUGAAAACAAUGAAUCUGUGAGGGAAGAUGAUAAACCUGAUCUACACCCUGACGUAACAUUUGGUAGAAAUAAGAUUGAAGGUGAAAAAGAAGGAAAUGAUUCGAGUUAUAGCCGGGCGUAUUAUACCCUCCAAAAUACAGAAUAUCAAAUUCCUAGUAGAUUUUCGUUCUUCCGCUCUGAAUCUGAUGAAACUGUGCAUGCUAGUGAUAUCCCUUCUUUGAUAUCCGAGGGACAGACGUUUUAUGAGUUAUUCAAGGGAGGCGAUCCAACGUGGUGGUUGGAUUGCAGUUGUCCAACUGAUGAUGAAAUGCGUUGCAUAGCAAAAACAUUUGGAAUCCAUCCUUUGACCGCGGAAGAUAUCAGGAUGCAAGAAACGCGUGAAAAGGUAGAGCUUUUCAAAUCCUAUUACUUUGUCUGUUUCCAUACAUUUGAAAAUGAUAAAGAAUCGGAGAAUUAUCUUGAACCUAUAAAUGUUUACAUCGUUGUUUUUAGGUCAGGUGUCUUGACUUUUCAUUUUGACCCAAUAUCACACUGUGCCAAUGUAAGAAGACGUGUAAGACAAUUACGUGACUAUGUCAGUGUCAAUUCAGAUUGGUUAUGUUAUGCUUUAAUCGAUGAUAUCACAGAUAGUUUUGCUCCGGUUAUUCAAUCCAUCGAGUAUGAAGCUGAUUCGAUUGAUGAUUCAGUGUUUAUGACCCGUGAUAUGGAUUUUGCAGCCAUGUUACAAAGGAUUGGUGAAAGUAGGCGUAAGACAAUGACGCUGAUGAGACUCUUGAGCGGUAAAGCAGAUGUUAUCAAAAUGUUCGCCAAAAGAUGUCAAGAUGAAACUAAUGGUAUUGGGCCAGUGCUUAAAUCUCAAACUAACAUGGUGAACUUACAAGCGGAACAAGAGAAUGUGAACCAGAAUAAUAGUAAUAACCAAAUAAGCUUAUCAAAUAGCUAUAUGCAAACAACAUCACAACCAAGGGGAGAUAUUGCUUUAUACUUAGGUGAUAUUCAGGAUCAUUUGUUGACGAUGUUUCAAAAUUUAUUGGCGUACGAAAAGAUUUUUUCUAGAUCACAUGCAAACUACCUGGCCCAAUUACAAGUGGAAUCAUUUAACUCUAAUAAUAAAGUUACAGAAAUGUUGGGUAAAGUUACUAUGUUAGGUACAAUGUUAGUUCCAUUAAAUGUUAUUACUGGUCUGUUCGGUAUGAAUGUAAAAGUUCCAGGAAGAAAUGGAAGUAUUGCGUGGUGGUAUGGAAUUUUGGGGGUACUGCUUUUACUAGCUGUCAUAAGCUGGUUUUUAGCUAGCUAUUGGAUCAAAAAAAUAGACCCACCUGCAACGCUCAACGAAGCCGCAGGUAGUGGGGCCAAAUCAGUCAUAUCUAGUUUUUUACCGAAAAGAGAUAAAAGAUUUAACGAUGAUUCUAAAAAUGGCAAUGCGAGAGUUGGCGUUCGAAGGAAAUCAACUGUCAGUCUACCCAGUAGAUAUAGCCGUUACAAUUAA